GACUAGAGAGACCGGUAAUCAGAAUUCAGUAGUAAACACCACCACAACACAUUUCCAACCUUAAAGAAACCAAACCCGAAAAGCUCAGAAGCCACCACCAACCAUCGACCAUGUUCCGGCAAGCUUCACGCGACUUGGCUCGAACCCUGAGGGCUAGAGCGAGACCCUACUCUACGGACCUCCCGGCCGGGCCCACCACAGAAACGGCCUUCGUGGAGUCGUGGAAGAAGGUCAUACCCAACAUUGAACCUCCCAAGACUCCCUCCCACUUCAUGCAGCCCCGCCCGCCCACCCUCUCCUCUAUCCCUUCCAAGAUCACCGUCAACUUCGUCCUCCCCUACGCCUCCGAGCUCUCCACCAAGGAGGUUGACAUGGUUAUAGUUCCAGCAACAACCGGCCAAAUGGGCAUUUUGCCUGGACAUGUGCCUACAAUCGCGGAGCUGAAGCCUGGAAUCCUGUCGGUGCAUGAAGGAAAUGACACGACUAAGUAUUUCCUUAGCAGUGGGUUUGCUUUUAUCCAUGCUAACUCUGUUGCUGACAUAAUUGCUAUAGAGGCCGUUCCAAUUGACCAUAUUGACCCGAGCUUUGUCCAGAAGGGCCUUGCAGAGUUCACCCAGAAGGUCAGUUCGGCCACAACUGAGUUGGAGAAAGCUGAAGCCCAGAUUGGUGUCGAAGUUCACAGUGCUCUCAACUUUGCCCUCUCAGGCUAAUGGGUUAUUGACAUUUCAUACCUCCCAAAGCUUUUGUAGUUCUGCAUCAGUUGCUGUUUGAUCUUCCCUUUAUUCAUUGUUUAGAUCUGUCAAGAUAUCAUCACCAUGAUUACCAGGAGUGAAAUAAAUAUUUUCUAGAGAGAACCCCAUAACUUGUGCUGAUAUGAUGGUCAAGAUGCCUCUUCAGUCUCCACUAGGGAUAUUACUCUUUACUUUCCCUUCGGAAUGUUCAUUUCAUUAUAAGCUCUUUGGUUUUGAUACCAUACAGAAAGGGAAGUACUCUAUCUUGUUUUCCAGAUUUCAGAUUCUUGAAAUGACGACAUUUGAAAAUUCACUUGUUGAAGUAUCAUUGUACUAUGUUUACAGUUAAGGUCGUUAAAAUUUUCAGGUGCCA